UAUGUAUGGCUUUGUUAAUCACGCUUUACAAUUGCUGGUUUUGAGAAAUUUUGGAGAAGAGACAUGGGAGAAGAUAAAGAAGGAGGCAAAUGUAUCCAUGGAAGGGGAAUUUCUUCACAGGCAAAUAUAUUGCGAUUCCAUGUCCUAUAAUUUAGUUGGAGCAGCCGAAAAAAUACUAGGGAUAUCAGCAAACAACAUUUUAGAACUAUUUGGACGAGUUUUCUUUAAGUUUUGUCAAGAGCAAGGCUAUGACAAAAUAUUGAUGGUUCUUGGUUCGACAGUUAGGGACUUCCUGCAAAAUCUUGAUGCCCUCCACGAUCAUCUGGGUACUAUUUAUCCGGGGAUGAAAGCUCCUCAUUUCAGGGUGAGUGAACGUGAAUCAGAUGGCGCCACAAUACUACAUUACACAUCUGAAAGAGAUGGACUGGAACAUAUUGUAAUUGGUAUAGUUAAAGCAGUUUCAGAAGAAUUACAUUCAACAGAAGUUGACGUAAGCAUUUAUAAGGCAAAGGGAGAAGAUGGCAUAGAUCAUGUUCAAUUUCUAAUUGAAGAGAAAAAAGACGGUAGUACAAGAAGAUUAUCGAACGCUAUGGAGUCUGAAUUAAAAGCUCUAGUUGCACACAACAAAAAAAUCAAAGGAAGAACGAUUUGUAAUGCUUUCCCUUUUCAUUUCGUAAUUGAUAAUAAGAUGAGAAUCAUCGAAAUGGGUGACACACUUGCCAGAUUGUUUAAAAAGUACAUUAACAAAGAAAUAUUUCACUUAUUCGAGAUGAUCAGACCAAAUAUGAAUUAUGACUUUCAGUCAAUCCUUGCUCAUAUAAAUACAGUAUAUGUAAUGAAAAUAAAACAAACAGCAGCAAUUGACAGUCAAAUAUCUCAAAUAGCGGAUUUGCGGAUCAAAGGUCAAAUGACAUAUAUUAUUAAGGAAGAUUCGAUUCUUUUUUUGGGUUCACCAUGUGUUGCCUCACUUGAUGAUCUUUUGAAGAAAGGUUUACACGUUGGUGACAUACCUGUUCAUGACGCAACCAGAGAUCUUCUUCUUUUGUCCGAGAAUUUUCAGGCUGAGUAUAAACUUACCCAGAAUCUAGAAAUUUUAACUGAUGAUCUUAAACAAGCGAGAAGAGACUUGGAAAGCGAAAAACAAAAAACAGACAAUCUUAUGUAUUCCGUUCUCCCACCGUCGGUCGCUAAUGAACUUCGGCAACAAAAUCCAGUUGAACCGUAUAAAUAUAAUCUUGUAACUAUCUUAUUUAGCGGAAUCGUUGGCUUCGAUGAGUUUAGUUCAAGAAAUUCGGACGUAAAUGGUGCGGCAAAAAUAAUAAAACUAUUGAACGAUUGUUAUACAAAAUUUGACGAAUUAAUCGAUCCUUUAAAGCAUCCAGCCGUAUAUAAAGUUGAAACAGUCGGUGAUAAAUAUAUGGCUGUAAGUGGACUGCCGGAAGAAUGUCCUGAUCAUUCAAGGAAUAUAGCACUAUUGGCAUUAGAUAUGAUGGAAACUAUAAAGAAUACAAAUGACCCGGACGGUAAACCUUUACAAAUUACUGUCGGUAUUCAUUCAGGUGAAGUCGUGACAGGUGUUAUUGGAACUAGAAUGCCUCGUUACUGUCUUUUCGGAAAUACAGUUAACCUUACAAGUAGAACAGAAACAACUGGAACUAAAGGGAAAAUAAAUGUCUCGGAAGAUGCGUACAAAUUAUUACAGAGCGAAAAAUGUUACGAUCCAGAUUUCCAGUUCGAGUAUCGCGGGACAGUGAAAAUGAAAGGAAGAGAAAAUGACAUGAAAUGCUGGUUCCUAACAAGGAAAUCGUGGAAAAAAUAA